AAGUAUAUGACAAGAAGACCGACCAACAAUCAACUUCGAACAUCUUCUGUUUCAUCUUAUGUCAAGAACAACCAAGCUCCCAAAUUUGAUCAGUACCCGAGAAACACAACUGGUGAAAAGAAGUUUGAAUCUCCAAGGUCUCUUGAGAAGAAAGUUGCUGAACGGAAACUUGAAGAAAGGAAAUGCUACAACUGUGGUCAAACUGGUCAUUUAGCAAUCAAUUGUUCCAAGCCUCGUCAGAAGAACUCCACAUACUAUCAAAACAAACUCAUGUUAGUGAAGCAACAAGAAAGUGGAGUUGCUCUUCUUGCUGAAGAUGACAAAUGGCUACAUCUCUCUGAUGAAGAAACUGAAGAACUUGCUGCUAAUGUGUGCUUCAUGACUAAGAUCAAGCGUUCCAAUGAGCUGAGUGAUGAAAGUAACAAAUCGGAAACUGAUGAUGAUGAGGUGACUUAUGCUUAAACUGUCGAAGUAUUUGGCUUCCUAAAGAUAGACAUUUACAUGCAUCUAGGAGAGUCAAGUCUGAUAAACAGUCACCUUCUGAGAAACAAGUUUGGGUUCGGCGUAGGACUAGUUCUCUAGAUAGUUUCAAGUCAUGUAGGACUAGCUCCGAUUAAUUUUCAUCCUUCUCAAAACAUUGUAAUUUUCAUAUGUCUGUAAUUUGUAUUUCAUAUUUGAACUCGUUUGUGUGUGCCUUUAUUUUUCAAUAAAUGAUUAGAUGUGUUGUGUGCUUGUUAUGUAGUUCA